CCAGCCAGGGCCGCAACCACAGCCGCAGGGACGGCAGCCGGGAGAGCCACCGCGCAUUAUGCAAAGCGGCAGCAGAUGUGAGCGGGGCCAGCUGGGCGCUCCUUGGCCUCCCCUCCCAACGGCCGGCCCAGCUGCCUGAAUUGUCCCGGACACUCCCCUGGCCUUGGCCAGGGUCGAGAUGGCCUGAGUACCCCCAGGCGAGGCGGCGCAGCAGCGGGGUUGAAACAUGGGGAACCAGGAUGGGAAGCUGAAGAGAAGCGCAGGUGAUGCCUCCCACGAAGGCGGCGGCGGCGGCGGCGGAGCGGAGGAUGCCGCGGGGCCCAGGGAUGCGGAAACCACAAAGAAGGCGAGCGGGAGCAAAAAGGCGCUCGGCAAGCACGGCAAGGGGGGAGGGGGCAGCGGGGAGACCAGCAAGAAGAAGAGCAAGUCGGAUUCUAGAGCCUCGGUGUUUUCCAACCUGCGGAUCAGAAAGAAUCUGACUAAGGGGAAAGGUGCCGGCGACUCGCGCGAGGAUGUGCUGGACUCUCAGGCCCUGCCGACUGGGGAGCUGGACAGCGCUCACUCCAUAGUCACCAAGACCCCGGACCUCAGCCUCUCUGCUGAGGAGACCGGCCUAUCGGAUACCGAGUGUGCCGACCCUUUCGAGGUGAUCCAUCCAGGUGGUCCUAGGCCUGCCGAGGCUGGGGUAGGGAUCCAGGCGACUGCGGAGGAUUUGGGAACUGCGGCAGGAGCGCAAGAUGGACAAAGGACCAGUUCUGGUUCGGAUACGGACAUCUAUAGCUUCCACUCUGCUACUGAGCAGGAGGAUUUGCUCUCAGACAUCCAGCAGGCAAUUCGCCUGCAGCAGCAGCAGCAGCAGCAGCAGCAGCAGCAGCAGCAGCAGCAGCAGCAGAAGCUGCUGCUCCAGGACUCCGAGGAGCCUGCAGCGCCCCCCACUGCCAUCUCCCCUCAGCCCGGGGCCUUUCUGGGCCUGGACCAGUUCUUGCUGGGACCCAGUAGCGAGGCUGCAAAGGACACCGAACAGCCACUACCGGUGAGACCCGACUUGCCUGAGACCAUCAAGUCCCCGGUGCCUGAGCAUCCUCCGUCCUCCGGAGGCCACUUGGCCUCUGAGACACCCGGCCACGAGACUGGCCACUCCGCAGUCACAGACUCGCUCUCAUCUCCAGCCUUCACAUUUCCUGAUGCUGGGCCAAGGGAGGGCGCAGCCGGAGCCCCAGUGCCCGAAGCUGGGGACACAGAUGAGGAGUGCGAGGAGGAUGCCUUUGAGGAUGCUCCCCGAGGCUCUCCAGAAGAGGGAUGGGUCCCAGAGGUGGGAGAAGCUCCAGAGAGGCUGGAGGAAGAGCCGGAGGAGGGGAUGCGAGGACCCAGUGUCUCUGCAGUCGCUUCUUUGCCUGGAAGCCCUGCGCCCAGCCCACGAUGUUUCAAACCUUACCCACUCAUCACCCCCUGCUACAUCAAGACCACCACACGGCAACUAAGCUCGCCAAAUCAUUCCCCAUCUCAGUCCCCCAACCAGAGUCCUAGGAUCAAGAAACGACCGGAGCCUUCCGUGAGCCGGAGCCCCAGAACUGCCUUGGCCUCUGCUGCGGCCCCAGCAAAGAAGCACCGGUUGGAAGGCAGCCUUGCCGGUGGCCUUAGCCGCUCAGCGGACUGGACCGAGGAGCUAGGCGUCCGUCCACCCGGGGCAGGAGGCUCUGCGCACCUGCUGGGGCGCGGGGCUACUGCGGAUGACAGUGGUGGCGGGUCCCCUGUGCUGGCCGCCAAGGCCCCUGGGGCUCCAGCGACAGCUGAUGGCUUUCAGAACGUGUUCACAGGGCGGACUCUGUUGGAGAAACUGUUCAGCCAGCAGGAGAACGGGCCUCCGGAAGAAGCAGAAAAAUUUUGCUCACGGAUCAUUGCCAUGGGCCUUCUACUUCCUUUUAGUGACUGCUUCAGGGAACCAUGUAAUCAGAACGCUGGGUCAAGUUCAGCUCCCUUUGAUCAAGAUCAGCUUUACACCUGGGCUGCAGUUAGUCAACCCACGCAUUCCAUGGAUUACAGCGAAGGACAGUUUCCCAGGAGAGAACCAUCCACAUGGCCAUCAUCCAGGCUUCCUGAUGAAGAGCACAGUCCCAAGGAUGUUAACGCAGAACCUCAAUCCUCUGUUUUGGAAAGCCCAAAGAAAUGUUCCAACAGUGUCCAGCAGGAAGUUUGCGAUGUGAAGUCUGAAGGGCAGGCAACUGUAAUUCAGCAACUGGAACAGACCAUUGAAGACCUGAGGACAAAAAUAGCUGAGCUAGAAAAGCAAUAUCCAGCCCUAGACUUGGAGGGGCCCAGGGGUCUUCCAGGUCUUGAGAAUGGAUUCACAGCCUCUGAAGAAGUUGGUCUGGAUGCUCUCAGAUUGCAUGGGGAUGUUGCACAGCCUCCAAGAACUCUUCAGGCAAAGUCAAUUCAAACUUCCCCUACAGAAGAGGGUGGUAUCCUGACACUGGCAUCUCUGAAGGCAUUGCCAGAAGGUCCCCCAUGCCCACCUGCAGCUCAGAGUGGAGAGUCAGCUGUUCUAGCCUCAGCCUCUGGACCUCAGACAAAAUUCUGUUCGGAGAUUUCUCUGAUUGUCUCUCCAAGGAGAAUAUCAGUACAGCUUGAUGCCCAACCAGCCCUGCAGAGUGCACCACCACUCCCACCACCUCCCGAUGGUCUGCCUACUGCGUUGGAAACCAGCCACAAACAUUCUGUUUUCUCCUCCUUCCAAAACAGCUGUAAUAUCCCUCCUGCACCACCUCUGCCUUGCACAGAGUCCUCCAGCUUCGUGCCUGGCCUGGGCAUGGCAAUUCCCUCACCUCCCUGUCUCUCUGACAUAACAGUGCCUGCUCUGCCCAGUACAACAGCCCCACAACCUACCAGUCUACAGGGAACAGAAAUGCUGCCAGCCCCUCCCCCACCUCCUUCUCUCCCCGGACUGGGAAUACCCCCUCCUCCCGCUCCUCCUCUCCCUGUAGUGGGGAUACCUCCUCCCCCUCCUCUCCCUGGAGUGGGGAUACCCCCUCCCCAUCCUCUCCCUGGAAUGGAAAUACCCCCUCCUCCCCCUCCUCCUCCUCUCCCCGGAGUGGGGAUACCCCCUCCCCCUCCUCUCCCCGGAGUGGGGAUACCCCCUCCCCCUCCUCUCCCCGGAGUGGGGAUACCUCCUCCCCCUCCUCUCCCCGGAGUGGGGAUACCCCCUCCCCCUCCUCUCCCCGGAGUGGGGAUACCCCCUCCCCCUCCUCUCCCCGGAAUGGGGAUACCCCCUCCCCCUCCUCUCCCUGGAGUGGGGAUACCCCCUCCCCCUCCUCUCCCUGGAGUUGCUAUCCCUCCCCUUCCCCCUCUACCAGGUGUGGGGGUUCCUCCAGCCCCACCUCCCCUCGGGGCAGGCAUCCCUCCACCCCCACUGUUGCCUGGCUCAGGGCCUUCACUCUCUUCCCAAGUUGGGAGUAGCACUUUACCAGCACCACAAGUGUGUGGAUUUCUUUUUCCUCCAUUGCCAACUGGCAUAUUUGGAUUGGGGAUGAAUCAGGACAGAGGGGCUAGGAAGCAGCCAAUUGAACCUUGCCGGCCAAUGAAGCCUCUCUAUUGGACAAGAAUUCAACUCCAUAGUAAAAGAGAGACGAGUCCUUCACUUAUUUGGGAAAAGAUUGAAGAGCCAUCCAUAGAUUGCCAUGAAUUUGAAGAAUUAUUUUCUAAAACUGCAGUAAAGGAAAGAAAGAAACCCAUUUCUGAUACAAUCUCAAAGACAAAGGCUAAACAAGUUGUCAAGUUGCUUAGCAACAAAAGAUCACAAGCAGUAGGAAUUCUAAUGUCUAGUCUUCAUUUAGAUAUGAAAGACAUACAACAUGCUGUUGUGAACUUGGACAAUUCUGUGGUUGACCUGGAGACCCUUCAAGCUCUCUAUGAGAAUAGAGCACAGUCAGAUGAACUGGAAAAAAUUGAAAAGCACAGUCGAUCUUCCAAAGACAAGGAAAAUGCCAAAUCUCUUGACAAACCUGAACAGUUCCUGUAUGAGCUGUCACUAAUCCCCAACUUCUCAGAGCGAGUCUUCUGCAUCCUCUUCCAGUCAACGUUUUCAGAGAGCAUUUGUUCAAUUCGUCGCAAACUGGAAUUGCUACAGAAGUUGUGUGAGACAUUAAAAAAUGGACCAGGGGUUAUGCAAGUCCUGGGUUUGGUUCUAGCCUUUGGGAACUACAUGAAUGCUGGAAACAAGACGCGAGGACAGGCAGAUGGCUUUGGACUAGACAUUCUGCCCAAACUAAAGGAUGUCAAAAGCAGCGACAACAGCAGAAGCCUUUUGUCAUAUAUCGUUUCAUAUUAUCUUCGAAAUUUUGAUGAGGACGCUGGCAAGGAACAGUGUGUCUUCCCACUGGCAGAGCCCCAGGAGCUGUUCCAGGCCUCACAGAUGAAGUUCGAAGACUUCCAGAAAGAUCUCAGAAAGCUAAAGAAAGACCUGAAAGCUUGUGAGGUGGAAGCGGGUAAAGUGUACCAGGUCUCCUCCGAAGAGCACAUGCAGCCCUUCAAGGAAAUCAUGGAGCAGUUCAUUAGUCAAGCCAAAAUUGAUCAAGAGUCACAAGAGGCCGCCCUGACAGAGACUCAUAAAUGCUUUUUGGAGACCACAGCCUACUACUUCAUGAAACCAAAACUUGGAGAGAAGGAGGUGUCCCCAAAUGUUUUCUUCAGUGUCUGGCAUGAAUUCAGCUCUGACUUUAAAGACUCUUGGAAAAAGGAGAACAAACUGAUUCUGCAAGAGAGAGUCAAAGAAGCUGAGGAAGUAUGUAGGCAGAAGAAAGGAAAAUCACUCUAUAAAGUAAAACCAAGACAUGAUUCUGGGAUUAAAGCAAAGAUAAGCAUGAAAACCUGAGCUGUGAACAGCAGAACAAAACAACUUCCAUAGCAUCCACCUGACCUGAGGAGGGAAGGAAGCUACACCAUUCUGAUCAUUUUUCUUCUGAACCUCUUGCAUAAUCUUCCAUGUUUUCUAGAAAGUUUGUUGAUGUUGAGUUUUCCUGUAUGUUCUUUUAAAAUUACAAAAGUAGACCUGUGGUGAAUUGGAUCCCUUUUCUUUUUGUAAACGUUCUGGUGUUAUCCCAAGAAACCGAAGCGGCACGUCUAAAAAGCACUAUCACACUAACUCUGAAAAUGCUAAAUCUUAUCCUAUGGCUUCCUUUUGUGAGAUUCUCUCCUUGUCACAACAAAAACAUCUUCCUUUCUACUGACAACCAGAACUCCACAUCAGUGUGACUAGACUUGUGGAUAAAUGUUAUUCCUGGUGAAUUCUUUGUAUCUACUUCACUUCUACUUACACAUUUUCUAUUUUGAAAAGUAAGUAGUAUCUAUAUGUCGUAACUGAUGCUUUCCCAUUCUUAAGUUGCUCUCUGUAUUAUGUUCCUUGAGACCAUAUGAAAGCCUGCUCUGCAACGGAGGUAAAUGAAAUCAAAAGACAUUCCUUUGUAUAUUACUAUGAUACUUAACACACACACACACACACACACACACACACACGAGUCACUUAAUAUUUUCAAGAAAUUUGAAUAAGUGAAGCUCAUGAAAUUGAAAUUUAUUUUUGAUGUUUAUCAUAAAAAAUAGAUGGAUCAGAUCUAUCUGGACUUUAAGUAAUGUACCUGCCUGAGUAUUUCGACAUGGCUGGGUUGUGACCAUGUGUUACGGCAGGUGAUUUACAGCUGUGAUGUAAGGAUGCUUUCAUCCUGCUUCUAAAGGGUUCUGGGGAAGGAUUUUACUCACUCUACUGUCAGGGGAAAUCAGUAAGUUUCCCAUUCUUUCUGAGGAUAUUUUGAAGUCAACUCAUUAUGCAUUAAGGGGGUUUUAUAUAACAGUAAUAGUUGUUCUUUUAAAUUGCUGCUAAUAAUAUUGGUUGAAAGUUAUGGUUGUAAAGAAGGGGAAAAUUAUUGUUAUGGCAAACCAGUUAUGGACAGCAACUUAAACAGAUAAAUCAUGUUCUAAAUCAUAGCUAUAUUGUAUUUAUAGAAAGUAUGACUUCUUUCCUUUUACUUUGUAUUUGAAGUGCAAAGGAGCAGUAGUGUUUUAUUUUCUUCUGUUGUUGUUUUGUAGUUCUUCUGUCCCUCAGUCCUUCCAAUGUGUAUAUUACCACUCUUCAAUGAAGUAAUAGGGCAUUUAACAAAGAUCGCUAUGUGCAAUAUUGUAUUUUAGUGUUUCUAUUUCAAUUUUUUAGAAUGUUAAUUUAUAUGAAAAUAAAAUGAAUAAUAAAA